AUGACAACAGUAAAUGGCGAACAUCAUCAGCAACCUCAAGUUACUGAUGAUGAAUUAUUUAUGCGGAAAAUAAUGGAGGAUGAUAAGUCACAUUUCGUCCCAGCUGAGCAAUCAACUUCGCAGGAGCAAGGAAAUGAUGAACUACAGUUUGGAAAAGAAGGUGGUGUGUAUGAUAUAGAUAAGGAAAUUGCUUCCUUCUGGCCUCGUAUUCGUUCAAGAAUUGAAGCAAUUGAUCCAAAAACAUUGCGUGAAGCAAGCCGCCAUCAAGAAUUGCAAUUACCUUUGGCAAGAAUAAAGAAAAUCAUGAAAUUGGAUGAUGAUGUCAAACGAAUGAUGAUUGGUUCAGAAACGCCCAUUUUACUUGCGAAAGCAUCAGAAAUCUUUGUUGAGGAAUUGACAUUAAGUGCUUGGAAACAUACAGAAGAUAAUAAGCGAAAAACACUGCAGAAAUCAGAUAUUUCUCAAGCUGUAGCCAGGAAUGAUAUGUUCGAUUUCUUGAUUGACAUCGUUCCACGAGAAGAUCCAAGAUGGCCAUCACAGAACAACAAUCAUCAAGAACAGUCUGAAGAAGUACAAGCAACAGUUACAGAUGCCAGCAGUGCUAAUGGGAAUGUUCAAUAUGUUUUACAGGUUGGAUCUUCAGACGGAGGAUUGGCAACAGGCUCAGUUGUACAAGCUACUCAAAUUGGACAGCCAAUACAGCUACCCAUAGGUACGAAUAAUCAACCUAUCCAAUUAAUUGCAUUGAAUUUACCGGAAGGCAACAUACAGCAGUUCCAAGUCCAACUUCCUCCAUCAUCAUAG